CGCAUGGCGGGCUUGGAGGUCCUGUUCGCGUCGGCGGCGCCGACGAUCACCUGCGCGCAGGACGCGCUGGUCUGCUUCCUGCACUGGGAGCUGGUGAUGCGCGGCUACCACUGCGUGGGUGCCGGCGAACAGCCGCAGCCCAAUGAUAAGAAAUCAGAACUGCUGCCUGUCGGAUGGAACAGCAAUAAAGACCUGUACGUCCUCCGGUAUGAGUCGAAGGAUGGGUCCAGAAAGCUCCUUGUGAAGGCUGUCCCUGUGGAGAAGAGCAUGAUCAUCAAUGCGCUGGAAUAUGGCUCACAGCAUGUGUCAGAUUUGACCCUCAACUUGGAUGAUUAUAUCGAUUCAGAAAACCUGCUUGACUUCCCCAGGACCUACAGGAACAGUGAGGAACUUCGGUGUCGUAUUGGGUCUGAAAUCAUCACACCUCUUCACGAGCCUUGGGACAAGACGAGUGUGAGCAGUCCCCAACGGGAGUUUCCGCCUGCCACUGCCAGAGAGGUGGACCCACUCCGAAUUCACCCACAGCACCCACACGUUAGCCGGCCUCCUUCCUGGUGUGAUCCCCUGGGCCCAUUUGCUGUCGGGGGAGAGGACCUAGACCCCUUUGGGUAUCGAAGAGGUGGCAUGAUUGUGGAUCCUCUGAGAUCUGGCUUCCCAAGAGUACAAGUUGACCCAUCCUCGGGCCUUCCAAACCGGCUUCCUCCAGGCGCUGUGCCUCCAGGAGCACGCUUUGACCCCUUUGGACCCAUUGGGACCAGUCCAGCUGGACCUAACCCAGACCAUCUCCCCCCGCCGGGCUACGAUGACAUGUACCUGUGAAAGCCUCAAGAAUGUAACAUCCCAGCCUUCCCUCCACUCUCCUGGAGCUACCACCUCUGGCCCCAUCAGCAACCGUGUUCUUACGGGCUGGGGGCAAGGGACUCUGCCCAAGUGUUUGCAGGCUGGCUGGGAUUGCCUCCCUACUCCCUGUCAGAGUCGCAGCACCUGCUGCAGCUCUCCACUGGGCUGCUUAUAGGUCCCAAAGAGAAGUCAGUCUCUUUCACCACCAGCUCCUCCCCACUUCCCAAGGGAAACUCCGGCAACAUAUACCCUCUACCCAGUGCAGCGCUAUAAGAACAAAAUGCAUUUUGGAUGUUAUUAUUAAGAACCAAAUGUCAAUACAGAAGUCAUGUUGCCGUCUUCCAUUUUUCUUUACUGCACAGUUCCUUCCAAUUAUGAGAUUUUUGAGCUUGAAUCUUUGUGGGGCUAAAUGACUUUUCCUUCCCUGGGCCCAUUCUUACUUCUCGGGCACCUUCCCUUCAUAAAUUGCUAUUGGCUCCUGACAUCACCAAGAUGGUCCCAGUAUGGCUGCGUGGAUGAAAUGAGUGACUGGAAACCUCAUAGGACACAAGGAUGGUUUCACACAGGCAGGCACAUUGCAGAAAGACUGCUUGCUUCUUGGAGGGCAGAACCCUCAGUUCCGCCUUACCUGACCCAGGCCUGAGUCUGUGGCUGGGCAGUGGCAGCCUACAAACAGAACAGACCUGCACACUGAUCUCUUUUUACCACUAACUUAUUGAGUGACCCUAAGUCCCUUCCCCUCCCAUGGCUUUGUGCCACCUGUGGAAUCUGAGGUGCCCUUCCCAUUCUGAUGUCUGCUUCUGUGUAUGCCAACCCCUGGAACUGGGGCAGAAGGAAAAGAAGGAAGGUCCAAGGCUUUAUGUGGUACUUACAGAGUCUAACUCUGUGCCUCUCGCCACCCCGUGGGGCCUAGCCGAGCACAGGAGCACGGGCUCCAUCUGAGCAUGGUGUGGAACUCCGGGAGGAGUGGGAGGCCAGCCUCAAAGCCAUUGGCUGGGGUGGAUGGAAGAACUAGUCAAGCACAAAACAACCCAGGAAGGCAUUCACCCCAGGGAUCCCCGCCUCUGGAAGCCUGUGCCCUCUGUCCAGGCCCACCUGACCUUUGGUGUUCUUCGGAUCCUUUUCAGCCCGAGGAGGCCUAACAGAAGUGAUCAGUGAUGAACCUUAUGCUGGAGUGGAGAGAGCACCAUAGAGCACCAGGCUCAGACGCAAGACAUCAAAGCACUAGUCACUUUGAUUCCACAACUAGCAUUUCAGCCAUGUUUCAUUUCUCAGCUUCUUGGGUUCCUUCCCCUAAAUUAGGACAUAUUGUUUCUCUGUGGGCAGGGGCUACCAGGGCCUUUCUGAGGUAUCUGCUAACAUGCUACGGCCUGGGACUGCCUGUCUGCCCUGCCAGAGACUGGUUAGGGGUAAAAUAAAUGGGCUCGUAGGCCCAAGGUCAACCUGAGAUGUGGAGGCUGGGCCAGGGUGGGAGGCUAGCAUGAGUGGGCGCUCGGGGCAUUUCCGGCAGACCCCAUCUCAAGCACUGAUCUAGUAAAAGACCGCCUUGGUCCUUUGGAACGUGUGUGCUCUGGAGAAGGACCGAGGGGGGGCAGAGCUGCAAAUGUAGUCAUCAGUCUAGUUUGCUUCCCCAGGGGCCAGCGAUGGUGGCAUGUUUUUGUUUUGCAAUUGGGUCAUACCUGCUACCAAAAGGACAUGGGCAAUUAACUCAUAAAAGCAUCCUUUACUAUAAAAGGAGGCAUUUAAGAGAACAUCUGAUAAGCAGGGAAGGAGAAUAGAUCACUUUUAGAACCCUGACUCAGAGAAAAGACAAGAUCGAAACAAUAAAUUUGCCACUUAGAUUUACUAGUAGCAGAGGUUGAAAGGAUAGUCCAAUACAUAAUUCUGUUUUCUGAAAACAGAAACUUUAGUGAUUCAUCUUCAGAAUCAGCCAUUUUGUGUGUGGGUCUCCUUGCAUCAAGGACAUUGAGUAACACAGAUGAUGUCUUAGUUCCAUGGGGCUUUUAGGAACUUCUAGGUCAAGCUGUAGUCAGGCCACGUCCUUCCUUCUCAGCCAUAAGUAAUUGCCAAGCAGCACAUGGGAACGGUUCGGGAUUUUUUGGGACCCUAAAGGUUGGAGCCUUAAUAAAUAUCAGCAUUUAAAAA